UCGCAGCCCUCGCCCGCGGCCAAGGCGGCGGCAGCGGCGGCUCCGCGGGCCGCCAAGCGGCAGCGCUCGGCCUCGCCGGAGCUCAUGCGCUGCAAGCGGCGCCUCAACUUCAGCGGCUUCGGCUACAGCCUGCCGCAGCAGCAGCCCGCCGCCGUGGCGCGGCGCAACGAGCGCGAGCGCAACCGCGUCAAGCUCGUCAACCUGGGCUUCGCCACCCUGCGCGAACACGUCCCCAACGGCGCCGCCAACAAGAAGAUGAGCAAGGUGGAGACGCUGCGCUCCGCCGUCGAGUACAUCCGCGCGCUGCAGCAGCUGCUGGACGAGCACGACGCCGUGAGCGCAGCCUUCCAGGCCGGCGUGCUCUCGCCCACCAUCUCGCCCAGCUACUCGCACGACAUGAACUCCAUGGCGGGCUCGCCCGUCUCCUCUUACUCCUCCGACGAGGCCUCCUACGACCCGCUCAGCCCCGAGGAGCAAGAACUGCUCGACUUCACCAGCUGGUUCUGAGCGCCGCCGUCCCGCGCCCCUGCCCCGCCGCAGGGCAGUUGCAAAAGGGGGGA